CCCAUGGUGCUGCGUUUCUGUGAGCCGGUGCACAGCGAAUGCCUUCCGCCCCAGAGCUGGCUGCAGUUUAGUGGCAGGGACACACCCUGCGAGCUGAGCCCGCGGCAGUCCCACUGCACCCCCAGCCCUCGAUUCGGGGAGGCCAGUCUGACAUCUCCCCUGAAGGAGCUGCCUGGUGUCUGCGGCUGGGACUGGGGCCGGCCAAGCAGCACCAUGUCCCUGAACCCCCCCACCAGCAACGACGCCUGCCUGAGCAUCGUCCACAGCCUGAUGUGCCACCGGCAGGGCGGGGAAAACGAGACCUUCGCCAAGCGGGCGAUUGAGAGCCUGGUGAAGAAGCUGAAGGAGAAGAAGGACGAGCUGGACUCGCUCAUUACGGCCAUCACCACCAACGGUGCCCACCCCAGCAAGUGUGUCACCAUCCAGCGCACCCUGGAUGGGCGGCUGCAGGUGGCUGGCCGGAAGGGCUUCCCCCACGUGAUCUACGCCCGGCUCUGGCGCUGGCCCGACCUGCACAAGAAUGAACUGAAACACGUCAAGUUCUGCCAGUUCGCCUUCGACCUCAAGUACGACAGCGUCUGCGUGAACCCCUACCACUACGAGCGCGUGGUGUCGCCAGGCCUGGGUCUGAGCAUCCAGAACACAGGUGAGGGGCCCCGUGUGGGGCUGGGCCGGGGCCAUCACUGGGGUGUCCCCAUGAGACAGGGGAGCAGAGCCUCGGGGGUGUGGGGAGCUGGGCACCCCAACCACUACUGGCCCCCGCACCAUAACGCGGCUCCCUACCAGCAGCCAGUCUCCAGCCACCCUGGCCCGGAGUUCUGGUGCUCCAUCGCCUACUUCGAGAUGGAUGUGCAGGUCGGGGAGAUCUUCAAGGUACCGUCCAGCUGCCCCGUGGUGACGGUGGACGGCUACGUGGACCCCUCGGGGGGUGACCGCUUCUGCCUGGGGCAGCUCUCCAACGUGCACCGCACAGACGCCAGCGAGCGGGCCAGGCUGCACAUCGGCAAGGGGGUGCAGCUAGAGUGCCGGGGCGAGGGCGACGUCUGGAUGCGCUGCCUGAGCGACCACGCCGUCUUCGUGCAGAGCUACUACCUGGACCGGGAGGCCGGGCGUGCCCCGGGCGACGCCGUGCACAAGAUCUACCCCGGUGCCUACAUCAAGGUGUUCGACCUGCGGCAGUGCCACCGCCAGAUGCAGCAGCAGGCGGCCACGGCGCAAGCAGCAGCUGCGGCGCAGGCAGCGGCGGUAGCGGGGAACAUCCCGGGGCCCGGCUCCGUGGGAGGCAUCGCACCGGCUGUUAGCCUCUCUGCUGCCGCUGGGAUCGGCGUGGAUGACCUGCGGCGCCUCUGCAUCCUGCGUCUGAGCUUCGUCAAGGGCUGGGGGCCAGACUACCCCCGCCAGAGCAUCAAGCACACCCCCUGCUGGAUCGAGGUGCACCUGCACCGCGCCCUGCAGCUGCUGGACGAGGUGCUGCACACCAUGCCCAUGGCCGACCCGGGGCCCGUCAACUAGCGGGGCGCUGCCCGGCCACGGGGCUUCCAGCCUCUGCUUUAAAGGGCCGGUGCUGCCUUCAAUCAGUGAGCGUCCAUGGGGCCUUAUCUUACCAUGUGGGGUGCCAGGACUCCCCCCUCCCCCACGAGCGUGCCCCUCCCACUGAGCCCUGAGCCGACUGCCACCCCGAAGCCAAAGCAAGCCAGCCCCAUCGGCGCAUCCCAGCUGCAGGGAGUCUCUGGGCUCAGUCGAGACUCUAACAAGGGAGCGACUGCCCCGAUCUGCUGGUCCCCUCUGGGCUCUGCCCCGGCUCGCUCUGGGGGCCAGGACUCCUGAGUUCUCCUGGGGGCUGGCUAGCCUGCUGGGUCUCUUCCAUCUCUGUGAGCUUGGAGGCAUUUUCUCCCCUGCUCCAUCCACCCCCCAAUCCCUUGGAUGACACGUCCUCCUCACCUGGCCCCUUUGCCCAAUGCUCGGCCAGGCGUUGCCCUGCGGGGAGGGGUUAUGGGCAGCCGCUCUCCUCCCCAUUAAACCCCUCCCAGGUGCACUCGCUUCUUGGGGUGGUUUGAUUUAAAUUGUAAUAAAAAGCCAAAUAACUAGGGCCCUACUGAAUUCACAGCUGUGAAAAACGCACAACAGACCCACCCACACACACACACACAACUCCUUUUGGGGUCAGGACCCUACAAGUACAACACUGGGAAAUUUCAGAGUUAAAUAGCUGAAAUCAUGAAACUUACAAUUUUUUAAAUCCUAUGACCGUGAAAUUGAUCACAAUGGCCGGUGAAUUCGGUAGGGCCCUACAAUAAAUAAAAGUACCAAAAAUCCCAACCCGGCAUUGCCAGGGCCUGGCCGCCUUGGCCCGCUGCAGGGAGCGCGGGUAACAGGGGAUCCCGUAGCCAGUGCCCCUUUGUGGCCAGCUCUGUAGGUGUAGCUCAUUGGCCUGCCCUGCAGUUCUGCCGUUCCCAGGGGUGCCCGAGGUCGGCUGGGUUUGCACCGUGGGGAGCGUCUCAGUCCUGGGCCAGGUGCGGGGAAGGAGCCGGGCAAGUGGUGUGCUUUCCUCCCAGGCACUGGGCCCUCUGCGAGCGGGAAUUCAGACACUUCAUGUGGCUUUUUUAAUUGUUAUUUAAAUGAUCUGGGUUUUUUC